AUGGCCUCUACACAAACACUUAGAGAAAGCAUACAAAAAACUGAAGCAGAUCCCCAAACUCAAAUUGCAUCAGUACCUGUUACUAAAGAGGAAAAAGACACAAAUGUGACAAAUAAUGUGGGAGAAAAAGAAGAAGAAGAAGAAGGAUCAAGAAAGAGACGUAGAUCUUUUGUUUGGGAGCAUUUUGAAAGGCCUACUUUAGACUCAAAAGGGGAACUCCGAGCAAAAUGUGAGGGUUUUAAAGGGCUACUGAGUGAAUUAGAACCUCGCUUUCAUAUCCCCUCACGAGCAACAAUUACUAGGGAUUGCUUGAAGUUGUACCUUCAAGAAGCAACAAAUUUGAGAAGGUGUAUUGAAAGCAUUCGAAAUGCUGUUAAGUAUGUACGAAGUUCUCCUGCAAGGUUUUGUAAAUUCAAACAGCUUAUGGAGAAAAUGAAAAUUGACUCACAGAGUUUACUUACCAUGGAUUGUCCAACUAGGUGGAAUUCAACUUACAUGAUGUUGGAGCGUGCUAUUAAAUUCAGCAGUGUUUUUGAAAGGAUGGAGAAAGAAGAUAUAGAUUACACAACCAAUUUCUUAGAAAAAAAAUUAAUUGGUCCUCCUGAUGCUUUGGAUUGGAAAGAUGCAAAAGAUUUUGUUUUGUUCUUGCAAGAAUUUUAUCAUAUCACUUUACAAUUUUCAGGAUCACUUUUUGUUACCUCAAAUUUAUGCUUCCAACAAAUAGUUGAUGUGUUUGUUAUGCUAAAUACAAGUGCAAAUGAUCCUAGUUCUUUAGUGGCUGACAUGGCUAAGAGUAUGCAGAGCAAGUAUAAUAAGUAUUGGGGAAGGUUAGAAAAUCUUAAUCCUCUAUUAGUGAUAGCAGUUGUGCUUGACCCUAGGUACAAAAUGAAAUAUUUGAAAUAUACUUUUGAGGAUAUAUUUUGUGAUGCUGCACAACAAGAAGCCAUGGCCAAAAAAGUCUCAAAAGUCUUGUAUCGUUUGUAUGAUCAUUAUUCAAAUAGGCUUGACACAUCAACUAGUCAAACUCAGAGUCAAGCACAAACAAGUGUUAAUAAUGCUUCUUCGACUCAAACAUGUAGAACCUUGUUAGGUUCCAGGUCUUCAUUGCAACGAUUCCUUGCUGACAAUGACACUGAGAUUUUGGCAGAUAAAUAUGUAGAGGUGGACAAGUAUCUUCAAGCUGAGCUAGCUGAAGCACGUGAUCUUGACUUUGAUAUUUUGGGAUGGUGGAAAGUGAAUGGCUUUAAGUACAAGGUCCUUUCAUUGAUUUCAUGUGAUGUGUUAGCCAUGCCUGUCUCUACUGUUUCUUCAGAAUAUGCAUUUAGUACAGGUGGUCGUAUCAUUGAUGAAUUCAGAAGUUCGCUCUCAUCAAAGAUGGCUGAGGCACUAAUUUGCGCACAAAAUUGGCUAUCUCCAUCAAUAGUAAAACUAAAAGGACUUGAUGCUGAUAAUUUUAACGACACGAUGUCAUAG